AAGCACGUGUCCAACCCGACUCAUGCUUUACCAUCGAAGCGCCCUCGCAUUGUAACCAAGCCGGCGGAUGUAGAACGUGCCUCAAUAUUUGUAUGGAUCAAACAUAUGGAGUCGAAGUGGGAAACAGUGAAUGGACCAAUGCUACGAGCCAAGUGA